UGGACGAAUGAAUAAUCAACUAGUAGGGAAUGAUAUGUUCACUGUAUGAAUGAAUAAUGAAUAAAAUACGAACGAUGAUACGAUGACUGGGGUGAAUGAAUAAUGAAUGAGAUAAUGAUGAUGCGAUGACACCGCCCUCUCAGCUGUUCGUCACUCUGCCCCGACAUGGCCGCUGUUCGCAGGAUGCAUCAAUCGCUACUGCACUGACGCCGCCGCCGCCGCCUUCUCCUCUUUGUCCUGUCUCCUCAUCCUUCUCAUUUUCCUCCGCGUCCGCCUUCUCCUUCUGCUGCUAACCCUGAAGAGACGCAGCUGCUGCCCCGAAAUGGAGGAGCUCAGCCCAGACGAGAUCCGCAGGCGCCGCCUCGCUCGUUUGGCGCAGCCGGCCACGCCGCUCACGUCACCGCAGCACGAGACGGCACCGCCUAUCGCGGGGCCCUCAACUCCCGUAGCCUCAUCACCCCCGGCCACGGCCCAGGGGCCAUCCAUAGCCCAGGGGCCGUCUACCUCGCCGAGCGUGCCCGUGGAGAUGAGCCAGAGCAGCUCUCUGAGCAGCUCCCCAUCAGCCGGCGCCGAGUCGCAGUCGCAAGGCCUAUCGCGCUCACAGAGCAUGGAGAUCGACCGCUCUGCGCCCGACAAGAGUGGAUCUCAGGUGGAUGUGGACUCGGGGAUAGAGAACAUGGAAGUGGAGGAGAGCGACCGCAAGGAUAAGCGAGGCCUGAACGUAAAGGGCUUGAUGCAGGCCUCGGACGACACGGAGAUGACCAAGGACCAGCUGCUACAGCUGGUUUGCAAGAUCCUGCGGGUGUCAUGGAAGCAGCCCGGCCGGGACCUCAUCCCCCUCCCAGCGCUCGCGGCUGAGUUCCUGACCGCCCCACGGGGCAUGUUUUCCGACUGGAAGGACCUGGUGGGACAGAUCCUCGUGGAGGUGCUCGUGAACCUGACACGCUCGGAUGCGCAGGCUCCUGCGGAUCUCCCGGACUCGGUGGACUCCGUGGAAGAAAAUCCGUUCGCCGGUCUUACCGCUGGACCCCUCGCAGCAUCGCAGCCUGUGCCUGUGCCCCCCGGGCGGCGAGAUGUUUCUGGUGGCGACCCCGUGGCGCUGUGCAGCUUUCCCAGAAGCCCCGGUGCAUGCGGUGGAGAGGGUGCCAGCUCAAGUCUGGGUGGCAGUCAGGGCACAAGUCUGUACAGUGCCAGUCCCAGCCCCUGGUUCCGGGGUCUCGGAGCGUCAGCCCUCCCAUCCCGCCCCUCUCCCAGACCCUCCCCGCCGUCCCCCUUUCCUGCCACCAUCGGCGCUGCUUCUCCGACCCCAGGGCAGUUCGUGCUCAAUACUUCUGCCGUACACAGUCCCAUGUUCAUUGGAACCCCGCAGCGCGCGGCGUUGGCAGCGUCGCCACGCCUUGACGACCCGGUCGCCCUCCUCCUGUCUCUCGUGGCGGCUCACGGACCGCGCCGCCACCGCUCGGGCCACGGCGGUGAUGAUGACGACUACGAUGAUAACGAUGAUGAGGAUGAGGAGGGUGUGCUCGGCACCAGCAGCAACAGCAGCGCCGCAAUCAGCAGUGACGCAAUGGCGCUCUGCUUGCCAGCGGAGCACCGCAGAGACGUGUUCUCGAUGGAGAGCUGCGCAGAGACGCACGCGCUCAACUACCUCGUCGAGUGCUUCGACCGCGUUGCCAUGGAGGAGAGGGCAGCACCCAAGAUGUGCAGCCUUCCCGAGGUCGGCCGCGUGCUGGGGCAGAUCCGUACGCAGUGUGUGGCUCACGCAACGCUCGUGCUGCAAGGGGCGCUAACCCAACCGCGAUCCGCACUACAGCCGUCGCUGCUGGUGCCAUACCUGCUGUGCCGAAAUUUGCCGGUCGGCUUCAUUCAGGAGAUGGUGAGGGCCUCCUGCCUGGACCAGGAUGCGUUUAGUCAGGUGUUCAUGCCAGUGGUGCAAGACCUCGCCCAGGCCUGCUGUGAGUGCUCGCUGGAGAAUGACAAUUUCAAGUACCCGCUCAUGGCACUGGCGGAGCUGUGCGAGGUGAAGGUGGGAAACACUCGCCCCAUCUGCUCCUUGGUUGCAUUGCACGAGCUGUGGCUACCCGACUCGCUCUCUGGUGGGGGCGGCCGCGAGCUGCAGCGUCUCUCCUUCAUCGGCUCCGUCUUCUCACUCUCCGCCUUCUCCGAGGACGACCCCAAGGUGGCAGAGAAGUAUUUCUCGGGGCCAACACUCACACUGGACAAUACGCGCGUCGUCAGCCAGGCCCUGCAGCAUCACUUGGAGACGGCGCGGAUGGAGCAGUUCAAGGUGCUGCACAGCAUGCUGCUCAAUGGAGGCACGCGGGAAGCCACGCUCGCGUACAUGGCUGCCGUUGUCAACCGCAACGGCAAGAAGUCACAGCUGCAGACGGAUGACCGCCUGGUGUCGUCCGAUGGCUUCAUGCUCAACUUCCUGUGGGUGCUGCAGCACCUGGCGGCGCGGAUCAAGCUGGAGACUGUAGACCCGCUCUACCCAUUCCACCCGCGCUGCCGGCUGACACUGGGCCCUGACGAGACGCGGCUGAAGGCGACGCGCGAGGAACUCGCUGUCUGGCUGGACCGACUGCGCUCGGAGCCGUGUUGCCAGGCCGACGUCAAGUUCCCCACAGAGUGCUUCUUCCUCACGCUGCACUGCCACCACCUCUCCAUCCUCCCUGCAUGCCGACGCUACACACGGCGCCUGCGCGAGAUCCGCGACCUGAAUCGGAGCCUGGAGGAGCUCAAAAGCAAAGAGGAGGAGACACCAAGCACCGGGCGCCACCGCGAGCUGCUCAAACGCUUCAAGGCGCGGCUCAGGAGGCUAGUUCGUGCGAAGGCAUGUGCGGACGUGGUCCUGUUGGACGAGAAUCUGCUGCGGCGUUGCCUGCACUUCUAUGGCUCCGUGGUCUGUCUGCUCUUCCGCAUCGUCGACCCCGUCAACCCUAAGCCCGUGCUGCCGCUGAACCCCGAGAUCCCAGAGGCAUUCUCAGCUUUGCCAGAGUUCUACAUCGAAGACAUCGCCGAGUUCCUGCUCUUCAUUAUCCAGUACAGCCCGCAGGUGCUGCAGAGCGAGCCGUGCGGGCCCGACCUCGCCACCUUUCUGCUGGUGUUCGUGUGCAGCCACACAUACCUGCGCAACCCGUACCUACUCGCCAAACUGGUGGAGGUGCUGUUCGUGCUGAACCCCAGUGUGCAGCCACGCACCACGCGCUUCCACGAGAUGCUGGAGAACCACCAACUGGGUACGCGCCACCUGGCGCCAUCGCUCAUGAAGUUCUACACAGACGUGGAGCAAACAGGCGCCAGCAGCGAGUUCUAUGACAAGUUUACCAUCCGCUACCACAUCAGCGCCAUCUUCAAGAGCCUGUGGAGCAAUCCGGCACACCAGGCCACCUUCCUGGAGGAGUUCAACUCGGGGAGUCAGUUUGUGCGCUUCAUCAACAUGCUGAUCAACGACACAACGUUCCUUCUGGACGAGAGCCUGGACUCUCUCAAGAGGAUCCACGAGUUGCAGGAGGAGAUGCGCAACAAGGAGGCGUGGGAUCGCCUCUCCCAGGAGCAGCAGCAGAGCCGGGCGUCUCAGAUGAGCCAGGACGAGAGGCAGUGUCGCUCCUACCUCACGCUUGCCAUGGAGACCCUCGACAUGUUCCACUACCUCACCAAGCAAGUCCAGAAGCCCUUCAUGCGGCCAGAGCUGUCUGAUCGCUUGGCGGCCAUGCUGAACUUCAACCUGCAGCAGCUGUGCGGGCCCAAGUGCCGGGACCUGAAGGUGGAGAGCCCUGAGAAAUACGGCUUCGAGCCACGCCGCCUGCUCGACCAGCUCACCGACAUCUACCUGCACCUCGACUCGCCCGAGUUUGCGCAUGCCAUUGCCAAUGACGAGCGCUCGUACCGAAAGGAGCUGUUUGAGGAUGCCGUGGGUAAGAUGAAGAAGGCCGGCAUCAAGACGACCAUCGCCGUGGAGCGCUUCCGCCUACUGGCGGAGCGUGUGGACGAGAUGGUGCAGCACAACGUGCAGGCCGACCACGACUACAGCGAUGCACCCGAGGAGUUCCGCGACCCGCUCAUGGACACGCUGAUGAGGGACCCUGUGCGCUUGCCGAGCGGCAAGGUGAUGGACCGCAGCAUCAUCAUCCGGCACCUGCUCAACGCGCACACCGACCCCUUCAACCGGCAGCCACUCGACGAGACCAUGCUGGUGCCAGAAACGGAGUUGAAGGAGAGGAUCCAAGCGUGGAUGCGAGAGAAGCACAGGAAGUGACGCACACCAAACCACGACGCUCACAGGAAGCGUGACCCCGUGAACCAGGAAGGGAAGGAAGGCUCCUUCAGUUGUACACCAUGCUGUAUCGUUUGCUAAAAGAUAAAAAGGCAAAAAAUACCCAACACGACGAUGAAAAGGAAAAAACUGAGAUCACAUUUCACCUGAAGUCGGACGACAGGACCGCGCUUUUCCAGCAUCAGACACCAAUGCUGCUGCUGCGUCGCAAAGCUGCUCCGCACGCGCGAGGGACAUACGUUGGCGUCGGCCAUUUUCCUCCCUCAAAUCUCGUGCCGGCAGCCGCCUUUGACUCCCAUCACGCCUCCCCCCUCCCCAGCACUCCCCCGUCCUCCAUUGUGCAGUCUGAAACCCCGGUUGCACUGUGAACUAAAGGUUGUGGAGUGAAAGUGAACGGCUGUGCGUGCGCUAGCGGAGCCGUUGCACGCACCGGUUUUGUCGUGGGGGGCGGCCAGGGUGCAGACAGCCAAACGCCUCCCCUCCCUGCGCCGCCUCAAGUAUUAGAUACAUCACUUCCCAGGUCAGUGCUUCAGGAUAGUCCCUAAUCCUCCUUGCUCCCCUGUGUACCCCUCCCCUUGCCGCAGCGCUUCCGAGUGCAGGCAACUGUUGAAGAACUCUGUAGUUAGAGAUCACGUUUGAAUUAGAAUAUCUUUGUAUUUCUUCCGUUAGAGAUCAUUAAAAAUUUGAUACUUAAUUGUACAAAGAGCAUGUUGGCAACAAAGGCAAGACUUAUUUAUUAAGCGCCAACCCAACAGGACAAUUCCACUCGCAAGAGUGGAAAAGGAAGGUAGACGUGUAAACUUUUCUCUUAUCACCAUUACAAUUUUUUUUAUUAUCAAGAUAAAAAAAUGAAUUUAUUCAUAAUAUAAAGCACAUGUAAUAAGUUUUCAAAGUCAAACCAUAUGCAGUUGAACCCUGCCAUUUGCUACACAUGUCAAUCAGAUGUAAUGAAUGAUCCAACCAGAAAUGAUACAAAUAUACAUUUUCACAAAAUGUACAAUCUGUUCUAUGUUGUAUUUUACAAGCUUAUAAAAACAUUUAUUUCUCAA